AUGGCGGAAGAUGGGUCUAUGAACUGCAACUUUUUCUUGUAUUUCCCUUCUUCCAAACCCGAUAAGUGGACUGAUUUCCGAAACAUUGUGCCAAGAACAUACGCAUAUCACGGCGAAACUGUGCGCUUUCUCUUAGUUUCGCAAUACGAUGGAAACUCGGACAAUCAACAAUGUUUACAGUCGUGGCACGAUCGGAUGCAAACGCUAUGCAUGUCUGCAAACGCAGGUUUUUACCACGAAGUUGGUAAUAUUGUUACAAACACAAACAUCGAUGCACUAGCCAUUUCAGGGAAAGACGAGCAUGGCUUCAAGAAAUGUGAACCACUAUCGGAAUACUGCAAAACCAGUGAAAUCUCGGCAAACGAGCUUGCAAAACCAAUCAUGAUUGGAGGAGAUACAAUAAUUUUUCCCCUAUCUGUGACGUUAGAUAGGCUGCCAGUUAAGAUGAACAGUGUGGAUAUAUCAGUCUCACUGUGGACUCCGGAAUACAAUGAUAAAGCACUUAAGUUGCAUGGUUAUUUAAAGUUAUUUGUGGAGUCCGAUCCUAUGGCCAUCCUCAAAGCAGCAAGCUCAGGGAUCCAGUGCAAUGUGAAUGCCACAAUGAGUCUUUUGUCGCCGCCAUGUGUGGGGUGUAGGCAUAUAUCAGUGGCGGGAAAGCAAUAUGUUCUUGUCAAAGUAUCUAACGACUUUAAAGAUGUGCUAGUUCUUCAUAAUUUAAAAGUUCUGCCAAACAGUAACGAUAAUUUCUUACCUCCUAGUCCAGAUGGUGCUCACAAAAAUAACUUUAUCAAUAAGGAGAGAGUGUCGAAAUAUUUAGAUGUCAACUCAAUUUCCAUGGUAACAUCCAGGAGCUGUCAGCUGCCAAUCACAUUGAAGCCCUUGGAAAAACAUUGUGUUGUAUUUCGUGUUCAUAUUAGGAAUUAUGCAAAUCAUGAAAAUACAGAGAGUUUUGAAGUACCAUUAUUAUUGGCAUUAUCAUGGAGUACAUCAUCACAGUUAAACAGUGAAGUCAUUAUCACUCAUUACAAAUUACCUAGAAUUAAAAUAAAUCUACCAUCCCUUGUCAUGUCAGCCUCAUGUGAUUCACCAAUCACCGUAGGAAAAAGUUUUAAUGUGACGUAUACUGUCCUCAACAACUUGCAAGAUUUUAUCAGUGUUAAACUAUUAUGGAAUCCUGAUAAUAAAGAAGAGAAAAAAGAAGAUGUGAAUACUAGCUGCAUGGAUGCCAUUACAAAUUCUGUGAUAUGUCAUGAACCUUAUUCGUCAACUGGUUACUGCCAAACGGGAUCUACUCUUACUUUUAAUGUUGGUUUUCAAGCUUUGAAUCCUGGAGUAUUUGAGGCUCUGUUUCCGUGCUUCACUUGUAUGGGUUAUGGGCCAUAUGCAGUAUAG